AUUGUCUCCAUUUCCCAACAAAUCUUAUCUCCCAUCUUGACUUGUCUAUCUCUCUCUCUCGCUCUCUUGUACCUUAGUCGGAAAUUAGUCCCACAAUGUAUGGAGUAUAAUUUUCAGUGCUUUAAGUUUGUUUAUGAAUUAGAGUUUCCUUGUGUAUGAACAAACGAUUUUAUCUUUGUGAAUAUCGUGUUAAGUUUGGAUUUUAGGGAUUCUUUUUGUUCAAUUUUUCAGAUCUGAUAUCGGAAUUGGGAAAUUUUAUUAAUUCUUGACUUGAUUUUAGGAAGUAGGAUGUCGAUGUCGUCGAAUUAUUGGUGCUAUAGAUGCAAUAGAUUUAUUACAGUACGGAACCAAGAUUCAAUCACAUGCCCCAACUGCAACAGUGGGUUCGUCGAAGAACUGGUCGAGACUCCCAACAGAUCCCCACUGUCCGCUUCUCGACGGCGUCGUUUCCCUGCAGUGGCUUCUGAUUCAGGUCCAACUCUUCAGAGGAGCAGGAGAAAUGGUGGUGAUAGGUCACCCUUUAACCCUGUCAUCGUCCUCAGAAGUCCUUCCCGUGGCGGUGGUACUGGCGGUGGUGAUGGUGGUGGAGGGGCUGCAGGAGCAUUUGAGCUGUAUUACGGAGAUGGAUCUGGGUCGGGUUUGAGGCCCUUGCCUGCAAGUAUGUCGGAGUUUCUACUUGGAUCGGGCUUCGAUAGGCUUUUGGAUCAGUUAGCACAGAUUGAUGUUGGAAGAAUUGAAAAUCCACCAGCUUCGAAAGCUGCAAUCGAGUCAAUGCCAACCAUUGAGAUUGUCCCUUCACAUGUGGAUGUAGAAUCUCACUGUGCUGUUUGUAUGGAGUCCUUCGAGCUGGGAACUGAGGCUCGCGAAAUGCCCUGUAAGCAUUUAUAUCAUUCCGAUUGUAUUCUACCAUGGCUGUCACUGCGGAAUUCUUGCCCUGUUUGUAGACAGGAAUUGCCCACCGAGAGUGGUGGAGAUUCAAAUGAGCAAAAUAGAAAUGUAGGACAUGAUGAUGAAGCUGUUGGUUUAACAAUAUGGAGAUUGCCAGGAGGUGGAUUUGCGGUCGGGAGGUUUGGGAGGAUGGUGGGUGGGGAGCGAGAGCUGCCUGUUGUAUAUACAGAGAUGGAUGGAGGGUUCAAUAGCAAUGGGGUUCCGAGAAGGAUUUCAUGGGGUUCUGGAGGAGGGAGAGAGUCGCAGCAAAAUGGGGGUUUGAGGAGACUAUUUUGCAGUUUCUUUUCAUGUUUUGGGGGGGCUGCUUCAUCCAGCUCCGAGACCUCUGGUUCAGAUUUGAGGACAAAUCGUAACACAAGUGGUUCAUUGUCAUCUGUUUUCAUCUCUACAUCAAGAAGGCGUAGGGACUGGGACUUUGAAACUAACACUGAAGCUUGAUGUUAAAUUUUGUAGAGAUAGCGAAAGGUGGAUGACAAGUUUAUCAUCCGUGUAAAUAACUACCUAAUGCGAACUGUUGUUUUCAUUGAUGGGCUUAGCAAUUGUAUGAUGGAGAUUUCUGCAAAUGAAUCGGAGAAGCUAAUGCAGGAGAAGAUGAAAUUUGGAAGAUUAGAGUUAGCAUUCGCUAGUGGGCAGAAGGUACACGGACUCACGUACCACACUGCCUUUGAACUUAGGAAUGCCUGCAGUGUUUUCUUUUUAAUUCGAUCUUUUCUCUUUUGGCGUCAAGUUUAGGUAGCUUGUAGUUUGUAUUCCUGUUAAUUCCAUCAUGCUUGCUCUUAAAAGUAUUUCAUUGUUCAGUUGCAACCUAUGAAGCUUUUAUAAAGUCUGAGUUUUCUUGUCG